GCUUCGAGACAACAAACAUGGCGUCCGUGUUGAAGGCGGAGCUGAAGUGUAAAGACGGGAGCAGCAGCCAGUUCACGGUGGAGACGGAGCGGGAUUUAAAGUCUCUCAUCGAGGGAGUGAAGAAGAUCAGCUCUGAGAUUUCGGUGGUUUUAACGGAGAUCGUAGAAGAAGAGAGGAGAUCAAACACGGAGAGCGGAGAGCGGCGCGCGCGCGAUGAUGAUGAGGAGGAGGAAGACGAAGAGGAGGAGGGUGAUGAUGAAGACGCUGCUACGGAAACCGCUGCAGUUAAAUUAAAAUCAGAGCGUCCAGCGAAGCGUCUGAAGACCGUCCCACCGUCCUGAGCAUCACCACACGUGUGUGUGUGAGAGAGAGAACGACUCCUCAAACUCCGGAGGAUUUUCUCUGUUUUUGAGCCUUUUUUACUCCUGAACUCUGAGAGGGCGAGGUUUAAAAGAUAAACUGUGUGAAGGGACGGUCGCGACUGGAAACUCAGCAACACUUUUUUUUUUUUUUUUCCCUGUAAAUAAAUAUCAAUGCUGAAUUAAGAAAAAAAAAAUCACUUUUUUUAAAUAAAGAUGUUAAAUUGAAAAACAUUUUUCAUACCAAAA